UCAGAGGAAGUCCUGCUCUUACAGUGACGGGGGCUGAAUUAAAUUCCCAGGUUGGGGCCACCACCGUUUAGUCUGACCCCAGCGGCCCGAGUCUCCCAGAGCCCGCGGGAACUCGGCAGCCGAGAGAAGGCUGAGGGAUUCCGCGGGCCGGAAGGAGAGGGGAGUAGAGCUUUUUGCUCCUUUAGCAUCUGGCUGGUGUUUAAAGCGCACAGCCAAGUCGCUGUGGACUUAGCAAGGGCUGGAUGGACUCGUGGAGCCUCAGGGCGGGUUGGGGAAGCUGGCGAGGAUGAUCCCCGCCUUCGGUUUCUGGGCGCCCUGACCUCGCUCCGGGAACCCUCGGGGCUGGGAGGCGGGCGGGGGUCUUACUGAUUCCAGCCCCGGGCUUCCUCUCCGGGGCCUCAGAAUGGCGCGUUUCAGGGGCGUGGCGGGCCAAGGGGCGGGGUCGCAGCAAGGCCCCUCCUCUCCCCUCCCUGGACCUCUCAUAAAGUCUGAGCCCCGCUCGGCUGAGGCCUGUCUGCAGAAUCUGCACCAACAGGCACCAUGCCCAUGAUCCUGGGGUACUGGGACAUCCGCGGGCUGGCCCACGCCAUCCGCCUGCUCCUGGAAUACACAGACUCAAACUACGAGGAAAAGAAGUACCUGAUGGGGCACGCUCCUGACUAUGACAGAAGCCAGUGGCUGAAUGAAAAAUUCAAGCUGGGCCUGGACUUUCCCAAUCUGCCCUACUUGAUUGAUGGGACUCACAAGAUCACCCAGAGCAACGCCAUCCUGCGCUACAUUGCCCGCAAGCACAACCUGUGUGGGGAGACAGAAGAGGAGAAGAUUCUUGUGGACAUUUUGGAGAACCAGCUUAUGGACAGCCGCAUGGAGAUGGUCAGACUCUGCUUUGACCCAAAUUUUGAGAAACUGAAGCCAAAGUACUUAGAGCAACUCCCUGAAAAGCUAAAGCUCUACUCACAGUUUCUGGGGAAGCGGCCAUGGUUUACAGGAGACAAGAUCACCUUUGUGGAUUUCCUCGCCUAUGAUGUCCUUGACGUGAAGCGUAUAUUUGAGCCCAGCUGCCUGGACGCCUUCCCAAACUUGAAGGACUUCAUCUCCCGAUUUGAGGGUUUGAAGAAGAUCUCUGCCUACAUGAAGUCCAGCCGAUUCCACCGAGGUCUUUUGUUCGGAACGACAGCCACGUGGAACAGCACAUAGGGCCCCGUGAUGCCAGACGACGGGAGGGAAGAGCCGACCCUGCUGCCUGCGACCCCGGAGAACAGCCCGACUCCCUGGACCCGCCUUCUUUCUUUCUCCUUCUUUCUACUCUCUUCUCUUCCCCAAGGUCUCAUUGGCUUCCUUUCUUCUAACAUCAUCCCUCCCUGCAUCAAGGCUCUUUAAAGCUUCAGCUCCCCACUGUCUUCCAUCAAAGUCCCCCUCCUAACAUCUUUCUUUUCCUGCACUAACGCCAACCUGACUGCUUUUCCUGUCAGUGCUUGUCUCUUCUUUGAGAAGCCAGACUGGUCUCUGAGCUCCCUAGCACUGUCCUCAAAGACCAUCCGCAUGCCCUGCUCCCUUUUCUAGGUCCCUACCCCAGCCCUGUGUGAUGCCCAGUAAAGCCUGAACCAUGCCUGCCUUGUGUUGUCUUAUUCCCCGAGGCUCCCUUGACUCAGGACUGUGCUCGAAUUGUGAGUGUUUUUUUGUCUUCUGUUGUCCACAGCCAGAGCUUAGUGGAUGGGUGUGUGUGUGUUGGGGGUGGUGGUCAGGCAGGUUCGUAAGUUUCCUUGGUAAUUUCUGCCCUCUAGCCACAUCCCUUUGUUCCUCACUGUGGGGAUUACUACAGAAAGGUGGUCUGUGCCAAGUUCCUCACUCAUUCAGCUUUCCGCUAGGCCGUCUAGAACUGGCAUGGUUCAAAGAGGGGCUAGGCUGACGGGGAAGAGGGCUGGGCAGCUCCCAGGCAGACUGCCUUCUUUCACCGUGUCCUGAUAGCCUUCCCUGAUCUAGAUCUCCUUCGUCAUGAUACUUCUCAAUAAAACAUAAUCCCACCAUAUUGUAA